GUGGAAGGGGCUACAUCAUCAUCAUCGUCAUCCUCAGUAUAUAGGGGUUGACUCUUGGUCUCCUGUCUCUCUGUUUCUUGCCAUUUGAUGCGAGUAUUUCAUAUGAAAUGGUCUUGUUCGGACAGGAGGACAAGGGAUAGGUGGAAGAAAUGGGUCACGAAAUUAUUCUGACGAUCCUCCUGACAAAAUCAUUCGGCUUGCUUGCCUGGCCUCCAUUGAGUUUGCUUUGUCCCCUGGUUUUGUCUAUUCGGACCAUGGAGAGAGGUUCUCACUCCUGCAAUCGUCGAUGCCUUACUUUUUGGGUUAUAUUUUCCUUUUUUAAGAUCAUGGAAAAGGAACUUGCAGGGCUGUUUGACUGGCUCCCAUGGUGGCCUCAUAUGAAAGGGAUGGCAACGAUCUUGCUGGUGUUACCUUAUUUUAGGGGUGCAUCAUACAUUUAUAAGUACUUCCGUAAUCAAUAUUGUAGUGACAACAGAUGGAAGAGGUCUUGGAAUAUCUUCAGCCAAAAGAGCACAAGUUUCAAAUUGGAUAAUCACAGAAAACUCGUUGAUGUGUCUAAAGGCCAAAUUAUUAGAAGUCAAAUGCCGGAGAAGAAAACUGUAACAAAUCAGGGAAGUUGUGAUCUUGGUUGCGACUUAACAGAAAGGAAUCACAAUAGAUCAACUUGCAGGAAAAAAGCCCAGAAAGAAUGGAGCUGUGCUAUGUGUCAGAUCACUACUUCCAGUGAACAUUGCCUAGGCGUACAUUUUCAGGGGAAGAAACACAGAGCCAAAGAAAAUAACUUGAGUGUAGAGUUAUGCAUAACAGAGAGCACAUACAUGUCACCGUCUAUGGCUUCUUACAGGGGAACGGAAGGGAUGGUCCUACUCAAGAACCUUAACCAAAUUGCAAAUCUUCUAAGGCCGGUCUCCAGAACCAUUAGAUGGUGUGGGUGGAUAAAGCCAGAUUUUGGAUGGACAAAGUUGAACACUGAUGGUUCUAUACAUAAACAAAAUGCCAGUUUUGGUGGGCUACUACGUGAUUACAGGGGCGAACCAUUAUGUGCCUUUGUAUGUAGAGUUCCACAAGGAGAUAUUUUCUUGGUUGAGCUAUGGGCUAUAUGGAGAGGUCUUGUUCUUGCUUGGGGUCAAGGGAUUAAAGUAAUAUGGGUGGAAUCUGAUUCAAUGAGUGUUGUGAAAAGCAUCAACAAAGAACAGCCUUCAGGUUAAAGCUAAUAGAUGUUUGAAAUGUAUAUGGAAGCUUCUAAGUAAAUUUGACAAGUAUCAGGUCUCUCACACAUGGCGUGAAACUAACAGAGCAGCGGAUUAUCUUGCAAAGAUGGUUCUUCGCGGAAAUGACGUAGUUCUGUGGCCUGAUGACUUUCCGGAUAGCCUUUGCGUGAUUAUCAAAGCUGAUGCCAAAGGAAAGAAAUAUCCUAGAUGGUGAUCAGCAGCGCUGCCUGCUGCACUUUGUUUAUAAACAACACGGCUUUUUUCGAAUAGCAAAGCUAACUUGGGUCUAAUUUGUAGUUGAAGGCGAUAUGCUGUAUUUGCGUUCCUACUCAUGCAUGCAUGUCCUAUAUCAUAUGGUAUAUAGCGUAUUAAUUUGGACAGAUCAACUUUCUAAAGCAUCAGUUAACGUAUAUUUUGUUUUCAUAAAAUGGCCUAAUGAGUUCAAAUUUUCCUAUGGCCAGCCCAGAGAAGUGGGCAGUCCAGGCUGCGGUUGUUGGACGUUAAUCUAUAUUAAGAAAUAUUGUCACUAUUUUUCAA